AUGCCGAGAACUCUGCCUUGGUUGAUCAAUCAGGGAAAUGAGGGGCAGGCCAAGCGAGUGUCCACUCCUCGAAAGCGUGUCAAACGAGAGCGCACGCCCGACGACGACGACGCUACCCCGAGGAAACCUCCCACAUCACCAGACAAGCGGGAUUUCUUCAGGUCUUCUCAAACCCCGCCUACCUCGCCUGCGCGACCUUGUCCCGCUCAGCAAUUCCUCAUCGAAGGCUUGGACCACGACGAUGCAUGGGUUAUGGUCGAAGAUGAAUUUUAUGCUAUAGCUCAAUCGUUCACGCAACAUCUACACUACGCCGAAUACAUUCGACGGAAGAAAGAAGCGAAAGCGCAGAACGCGGAGGCAAUAAAUGAAAUCCAGAGGCCUACGGAUGGUAGAACCAAGUUACCAAAGGAAGCAGAACGGAAGAAGGAAGCAGAGGCGCUCGCUGCGCGUCAGAAAGCUGGGUUGACAAAGCUAGGGGUUCUGGAAGGAGACAAGGAUGAUUCCGAUGAUGACGAUGAUAUCUGGGCUGGGACACAUCUCCAUGGGCUUAUGACUAGCCCUAGGAAAUCGCGCACGUUGGUGGGUACGCAUUUAUUGAAAUCUUCCACAAGGGCUGCAGCAGGCUUUGGACAAGCUGCCGGAUCCAACAUCGACCGAACUGCGGUUGCGACUCCAUUAUCAAGAGCAGCAGCAGCGCAUAUCCUCGAGAUUCAGGAAGAGACGGCGUCGGAUGAUGAUCUCAAUAUGGAUGGGGAGGCUGCUUCCGAUGGAGAUGACGACCUCGAUAGGCAGAACCGUCUGGUCACGAUACCCGAGUCGACACGGCUACAAACGCGUGGCCCUACAAAAACCGCUCAACCUAAGGAUCCUAGGAGUGGCAGGGAAAGCAUACACAGGAGGCCUACAAUAAAUUACGAGAAGGCGCGAGGUACUCCCGCACCGGGCAGUGGGUUCAAGUCAAGAGUUCAAAUGUUAUACGACGACCUCGACGAGCUACCAGAGCCAUCGCGAUCGAACACCUCUCCUAACUCCGACAUGAAAAAGGAUCCGUCCUCCACAAACAGCAUUAUCCAAAGUGGUCCUGCAAACGACAAUCUGGAAUCCAAGAAAUCCCGCUUUAAUGAUGUUCCGACUUUUUUGUUUUGA